AUGGUCGAGCCAAUGGUCGAGCCAAUCGUCGAGCCGAUCGUCCCCUUCGGCCCGGUUGAACCGGAUGGACCGGCAAUCGAGGUCUGCAAUCCGGUUCAACCCAACGGCCAAAUCGCUUUAAUCAGAUCCGAUCAAGUUGGUCGCACCAGUCUUCGUCAGUCUGCAUCGCGAACUCAACGUCGAAUGCAAUCGAAUGUAAUCCAAUAG